AUGAUUUGUCGGAAGUGGGAGUCUCGUGCCAUCUGUUGGAGAGAAAUCAAUGACGAGGAGUUUCAACAACUCCUCAAAGAGCGCAAUGAGAAGCUUGAAAGUGGUGAGAUCACGGACCAUCGCCGCCGGACUCGCUCAGACAAGGGAAAGAAGCGGGCACAGUCUACAGAUGGAUCGGGUCAUCGCAAGAAGACGUACAAGAGCACAGAGACCGUCGAGACCGACAAUGAAGACGAGACCACCCCAGCUGCCAAUGCCAGUUCCCCUAGUGCCAACAUCCCUAGCACUAACAUCAGUACCAACUCCACCAGCACCAACUCCAAUGACAACACCGGCACUAAUACCAAUACCAAUGCCAGCGCCAAUAGCAAUGUCAACGCUGAGGCUAGUCCCUCCACCAACUUCACCAAUACCAAGGCUUUCAACAAUGCCAAUGCUGGCACCUUCGACUCCAUCAAUCCUGCUGCCUUCGACUCCAUCAAUCCCGCCGCCUUCGACUUCUUUCAUACCCCUACUCCUCCAGCCAUCAGCAGUGCUCCUGUGUCACCUUCUAACGAGUUCUUUGAUCUAGAUGCCUUGUUGGCUACAUUAGAUACUAUUUUUGGGCCGGCAGCCCAAAUCUAG